UAGCUCAGUUGGUUAGAGCGUGUGGCUGUUAACCACAAGGUCGGAGGUUCGACCCCUCCUUCUAGCGUUAUCACAAUUUUUUUUUUUUUAAUUUCCCCAAAAACCCUUAAUUUUGGCAAAUAUCAUCGUCUAUACUACGAAUAUACCAGUACUAGUGUUCUCUCUCGUUCUUCUCUUUCAACCUACACUUGUUACAUUCUUCAAGCUUUACUCAUUUUGGAAAUUCCCCUGUUACAGAACACAGAUUCAGCAACUAAGAGCUAUUCUCAAUUACAAAUUCAGCAACUAAGAGGUUGUAUGCAGUGCUAUUUGCAGGCUUGUCCAGAUGAUAAACACAUCACUCUUGUCACACAAUGCAUCAAUUUUGCCUAUUCCAAGGAUUAAAAGGUUUAACAAUAUAAAUGUCAAAGCAGUAAAGAUGGAACUGACUCUGACACGCCCUGAUGAUUGGCAUCUUCAUCUCCGUGAUGGAGAUCUUCUUGCCGCGGUUGCUCCAUAUAGUGCAAAAAAUUUUGGAAGGGCAAUUGUUAUGCCUAAUCUAAGGCCUCCUAUUACCACUACAGUUGCUGCUGUUGCAUAUCGAGAGUCUAUUAUGGAUGUACUUCCUGCUGAUAGCAACUUCAAUCCUCUCAUGACACUCUAUUUAACUGAUAAAACCAGCCCUAACGAGAUAAAGCUUGCCAGAGAAAGUGAGGUGGUUUAUGCUGUAAAGCUGUACCCUGCUGGUGCAACAACUAAUUCACAGGAUGGUGUCACUGAUCUGUUUGGAAAGUGUUUGCCAGUGCUCCAAGAGAUGGCUGAGCAAAAUAUGCCUCUAUUGGUCCAUGGAGAGGUUACGGAUCCUGACGUAGAUAUAUUUGAUCGUGAAAAAGUUUUUAUCGACACGGUUUUAAGACCUUUAAUUCAGAAACUACCACAAUUAAAAGUUGUAAUGGAGCAUAUCACUACAGCAGAUGCUGUGAAGUUUAUUGAAUCAUGCAAUACAGGAAAUGUAGCAGCUACCGUGACUCCACAGCACAUCAUUUUGAAUAGAAACUCCCUUUUCCAAGGAGGGUUGCAACCACAUAACUAUUGUCUUCCAGUGCUCAAAAGAGAAAUCCAUAGGCAGACAAUUUUUUCAGCAGUAACCAGUGGGAGUAAGCAAUAUUUUCUUGGGACUGAUAGUGCUCCUCAUGAGAGGCAAAGGAAAGAGAGCUCCUGUGGGUGUGCUGGAAUCUUUAAUUCCCCUGUUGCUCUAUCGCUAUAUGCCAAAGUUUUUGAAGAGGCAGGUGCCCUUGACAAAUUAGAGGCAUUUACAAGCUUCAAUGGACCUGAUUUCUAUGGUCUUCCAAGGAAUACAUCAAAGAUCAAGUUGAAAAAAGAACCAUGGAAAGUCCCAGACCAUAUACCUUUUUCUUCCAGAGAAAUUAUCCCUAUGUUUGCCGGACAAAUGCUGGACUGGAAGCCAUCUUUUUGAUACAGUAUGACUCCUCAUCUAUCUUGAACUUCUACGAGUAAUACUCUCUGUUUCAAUUUUCCCAGUCAUAAUAUCUGUUAGCUUAGUCCUUCAAAAACUUCAGGCUUCUGAAUGUGUUUGCUUCACAUUCAUGAGAAAUACUAUGGCUGCUGAAAUCUGAUAAGGGCAGUCUUGUAAGAGCUCCCUUGCCCCUUACAUGAGAAAUAAGAAAUGACACACAAUAGAGGCUUCUGUUUUAGUUGAUCUUAGGACAAAGAUUACGAACAACUUUAAAUUUUGAUACAUAUCUGUAAUCUGAGAACAGUGUAACCUGAUUUCUUAAUGCUACAUUCAUUUGAGAAGGAUGCUUUUCAUCA